UUAUUUGAUACUUUUAUAGUAGAAUCCAAAGUUAUAUAUGUAUUGCAAAUAAUUACAUAAACUAGAGCUGUUUGUUUUCUGAACAAUCAGUCAUUUUGAAUAAUUGGUGUUCAAGAACUCCAACACCACCGAAAUUUUCUUCUUGAACGUCUAAUAAUGAAUCAAUGUCUUGGCUGUCUGGGCAUGCUGUUCGGAAGCAGACAAAGGAAAAGACGUUUGAAAUACUUGGUGAAAUACAAAGACGAUGAGUCUCGUCAUCUUGGGGUUGAAUUUGAAAAUUUGGUGUUUGACGAUGAUGAAAGGCCAAACUAUGGGACUGAUUCUCCUUCCAUAACAAGGGAGGAAAGGGAAAUGUUGGUGAAACGACAAUAUGACAAAAUCCUGGAAGAACAAAGAAAAAUUGAUGAACAAAUUGAUAAGAAGAUGUUUGAAGAAGAAGAUUUGAUUCGUGUAGAGGAAGAAGCUUAUCAUGAAGCACAGAAGGAAGCAGCUCGUGCGGCCUCCAUUACACUCUCACUGAGAGAGCAGUCAGCAGAUCUGGCAAGCACAGUCGGACAAUCAUCAAAUAGACGUAGCUUAACACUGGAUGAAGUUGAAGAUGAUUUUGAAGAUUUUUUGAAAGAAGUUCAAUCUCGUUCUAAUGCAUUCCGUCACCAAUAUGCUAACAAUAACUUAGAUAAACAGUUGGAUGUUAAACCAGAUGCAGAUCAUCUUUCAUCCAUAGAUCGAGGAGGAGACGGGAUGUCAAGUGAAGAGGACUUCCUUGCUCAUGAAAUAUCAACAUCCAAUAAAGAGGAUUUAGAAUGGGAUAAAUAUACAACAGGUUUGGAUGGUGAUGCUCAUGUUGAAGAUAUACCUGGGAAACGAUUAGAACCUGUGGGAAAUGCUAAUACAAGUAUUAACAAGCCCAAUCUAUCGGCUACAAUAUCAAGGUCACCUGACAGAAGUAUGGAAGCUGAGCGUAUGUUUAGUAUAACUGAUGAUGAAGAAGAUAUGAUGGGAGAGUUCGUACAAGGUUGAUACAAGUGCCUUAUAUUCCAUCUUACCCCACAUUGAAGCAGUUUGUUCAUUCAUUUUGUAUGGCAAUGGAAGCAGUAUUUACAUAUACUUCAUUCUCAGUGAUGCCUUGAUAGAAAUAAAACACCAUUUAGUGCCACCCUGAUUCACACAUUUAUUCAAGUGGUCAACACUUUUACAAUUUGUUUGGUAACUUUUAUCUUUCAAUUUCGUCCCAUUCAUGAUAUAUCUUGAUUUUUAUUGCUGUUAUUUAUUUUCUUUGUGUUUUUAACGUACAUGUUAUAGUAACAAUCCAGUCAGUUGUAUAUUUCAACUUACCAGCAGAACGUAUUAAUACUGGGGUCCACGUUGCCUUAAUUAUUGCUGUCCGUAUAUAUUUUCGACAUAUUUCUGCUGAGUCCUGUGCAAUAAUUCGCAUGUAAAACCCUUUCGUCGAAUUUCCGAAUAUUGUUAAAGCCGAAAAUGUACACAAACUGUGACU